CUGAAUAAUGAUAAUAAUGAUCAAGAUGGCUACUACAGAAUCCUCCUUGCGGUAGCUAACCUCCAAUUUCAUGGAACCACUCAAAACUGGUUUUUCUCACUGUUUAAGUCCCUCGUAGGUGACGAGGGCCGCGACACGGAUUAUUCUUUAUGGAUUAAAACGGGCGGAGAGGAGAUAAAAGUCAUUGUGUUGCCUGCAGCACUCAUUCUGAGGAAGCUAGCUAGCAGAGCGGCUAAGCUAGCUCUACUUGUCGACCAUCUCCGGAUUUAGCCUUCCAACCAGCGGCGGCUCACAGGAGCGUGGCGCUGCCCGUUUUGCGUGCCCGCUCGUCGGACGGAGAGCGUCAAAUGGCCGAGCCGAGGAAAGUGCCGUUCGUCACCAUCUCUUCCUUCAAUACGUCGCCGCCGCAGACGACCCCGGAAUCCAGCAAGAAGCGCCGCCGCGAAGAUGAGGCCGUCGAUAUCACUUUUGGGAAAGAUGGAGGUGGAAGUGCGGCGGCGGUGGUCGGGUCAGGAGGUUGCGGAGGUCCGUUUGGGAACACGAAGGGGGGUGAUGGGGACACCGGGGAGGCGAAGCCCACAGUCCGCCUCAACCUCCCGCUGUCCGAGCCCAAUGACCGGGGGUCCUCUGAGUUCAACUACGGCGAGCUGGUCAACUCAACUCUUACUCAGGUAAAGCAUGCAGGUUCAACAGUCCCUAAAGGACUCGCUCCUCCUCUGGACCCCAGCGACCCGUUUGCUGAUGACGACCGGGAGAGACGGGAGGUGGAAGAGCUGGCCAAGAAAUUUGAGAACAAAUAUGGUGGCGUCUCAAAGAAGAAGAAGAAGGACAGGAUGCAGGAUCUCAUCGACAUUGGCUACGGCUACGAUGAGACUGACCCUUUCAUAGACAACUCAGAGGCUUAUGACGAGCUGGUGCCGGCAUCUCUCACCACAAAACAUGGAGGCUUCUACAUCAACACAGGCACUCUGCAGUUCAGAGCAGCGUCCGACUCUGAGGGAGAAAACGUAGGCACAGAUGAUAAUCGCUUCAAGAAGAUGAAAGAUGGCGAGGAGCGGGUGAUUAAAAAACGUCGGAAAAAGCAAGAUGGUGGAAUUCUGGAGGACAAGAAGCCCAGAAAGAAUAAAGUACCAAAGCCCGGAGUUUCAGCCCUGAAUGUUCAUCGUCCAGAAAAGAAGAAGAGGAAGAAGCUGAUGAAGGAUUCCAUCCACCUCGCCAACAUGCUGCGGCGCUUCACCAGGGAGAAGGAGGAGAUGCGCAAGAAGAACCUGGUUGUCGCCGGUCUGCCACGUCCCACCGCCAAAGUGCCCAACGCCAACAGUGCACUCCUCAACACCCAGCCCAAGGCUGCCGGGAGCAACGAAUGCAACAUGGCUGACCUGGCUGCCGACCCGGCUGUGAUGUCACUGCUGGGCUCAGCCAAUAACGACAUACUGCAGGACAUGAUGGGCGACCUGGACUUUGGGAUGCUGGACUCUCCUCAGCCCUCCAGUCCUCUCCAGGGAGAGAACGGAUCCUUUGGGACAGGACAUAAAGCAGGUGGUAGCAGAGUGUCACAGGGGACUGUGGUGGCUCCUCCCCCUCUUCCCAGUGGACUGCCUGCUCCACUGACAAAGCGCAUCGAGGACCUGAGAGCGGCGUCCCGUUUGUUUGACGCAGAAGGCAGGAAGAAAUUCUUCACACUGGACAUGAACAACAUCCUGCUGGAUAUUGAGUUGCAGGUCCAAGAGCAGCUUCCAGAGGUGCGUUCAAUCGUCUAUUCUCACCUGGAGGCCUUCGUGCCCUGCAAUAAAGAAGCUCUGCUCAAACGCCUUAAGAAGCUCAGCCUCAACAUACAGGAUGACCGUCUCCGAACGCCCCUGCUGAAGCUGAAGCUGGCAGUGUGCAGUGUGAUGCCGGAGCAGAUUGCUCGGUACAACAUGGACUGUAUCGCUAAAGUGGCAAAGCAGCAGUCUGAGGAGGGAGAGAAGAACGGGUCAGAGGACGAUGACGAGGAGAAACCAGGGAAGAGGGUGAUGGGCCCUCGAAAGAAGUUUGUCUGGGACGACAAACUCAGGUUGUUGCUGUGUAACCUGGUGCAGGUGAAGCUGGACUGCUACGAGCUGGAGGGAAAGAACUCUCUGUCUCUAGAGGACUACCUCAAAGCCUUCAUGGAGACUGAGGUCAAACCUCUGUGGCCUAAAGGCUGGAUGCAGGCCAGGAUGCUGUUCAAAGAGAGCGUCAUGGCUCAUGGUCACCUCACAGGCUACACAGCAAAGAAAAAGAUGGUCCCUACGCCCAAGGCCAAGCCAAAGGAGGCCGUGUGGGUUCAGCGGCCCACGCCUUCAACAGGAGCCACGCCCUCCCCCGCAGCCCAGGUUACCAAGCGACCACCUCAGUCACCGUCUGAGCCCAUAUGUCUCGAUUCCCUCGACGGGGAUCUGACAGCUCCCUCUCUGGACUCCAUCUCCCAGGCCCUGGCAAUCCUUGGCAACGCAGCCAAGGGCCUGGCCCACGGAGACAGCCCCCCAUCCCCUGAGGGACCCAAGACCGUCACCAAGCCCUCUCCUCUUCACACCUCGCCACUCAUCCAGCAGCAGAAAAAGAACUCUGUCAGCACUCCCAGCUCCAACGCACCUCACUACAUCUCUACCUCUUCGUCUUCCUCCACCUCUCUGUCUCGGCCGUCCUCCAUCACGUCCUCUCCUCUGACCUCAGUGAGGGUGGACGCGAUGGGGGUCGUUAAGGGCACGGUGCAGGCGCACAGACACUCAGUGUUAAACACUCAGAGGACUUUGGCUGUGGGUGUGGCUAAAGCCAACAUGCCUGCCUCAGCGUCAUCACCUAAACCGCGCCCACCGCCCACUGCGUCUCCGCUCGUGCCCCCAGGAUCAAAGACGGGGGUGUCCACGCCCACUUCAGGCCUCCUCAAAGGCAGCAAUAAUAAAGCCACCAGUGGUGACACACUCAUCAUCACAUCGCCUCAGUCUCGGCCACACACCCUCACGUCCUCCUCACACUUGACCCCCAAAACCUUCCAGACGCCCCGCCUAACCCUGACGCCGCAGAGUAAAUCCUCCCCCUCCCUCUCUCAGACUCUUUCUGGGGUUCAGCCCCAGCCGCAGUCGAACUUCAUCACCCCUAUGCACGCCACUCUCACCAAGUCCACCCACAGCAGCAUCCCACCCAUUGUCAAACUCACCCCACGCACCCUCAACCCUGCUGUGACCACGACCACCUCAGCCUCACCCUCCAUCUCCAGGUCUCAGGCAAACCCCCCCUUGCACCAGUACCCUCCCAAAAACCCAGCAGGGUUCCGCCCGCCGUUCUCAGGUGCCCAAGGAGGAGCAACGAAGCCGGGGCAAGGCAGCUAUACUCCUCCAGGCAGCCAGAAGACCCCCAACAACAACAACAACAACAGCACCACCAACACCAGCCUUAUUAACACCAUAUCCAUAAGCAAACAUUCAGGAUCCAGUGCCUCCCCCACAACAGCCUCUGCCAACGCAGGCCAGCGUCAGAGGCCGGGGGGCGGGACACCUCAGGGGGCCAAGCCAGUCGCGUCUGUCCCAUCAUCGUCCGUCUCUUCUCAGUUGCCACAGGUCUCCACAGCAGGUAGCAGCAGUCUGCUCAGCUCACCCUCAUCUCUUCCCCUGGGCUUUGGGAUGCUAGGGGGCCUGGUGCCCGUGUCCCUGCCCUUCCAGUUCCCCCCGCUGCUAAACCUGCCUCCACUGGGUACAGCAGGAUCCAGUGCAGCAGCCAAUGUCUCUGCAGCCAGUAGCAAUGCAUCGUUCUCCACCCUGACCCAGAAUCUGUAUAAGAGUCUCCAGUCAGGGUCUCAGGUUGCUCUGCCUCCUCACUUGCAGCUCGCUUUCUCAGAUGUUCAGAGCCAGGGCGGAGACGCUAAGAGGAAGACUCUAUGAUGCAGCUGGAUUUCAACGCCCAGGGGACGCUGUCUCACGAAAUGACAAAUCAGGACGGAACGUGGGUGAAAAACCGACAGACCACGUGUAACUCGGGUCUGACACAAGGACGGGGUCACACUUUUAAGAUAAUUGAUCUGAGAAGAUCGGCUCAACUUUUCAUGAAUACCACAGUUAAAUAUAACUUUUUUAAAAUUAUUUGAUAACUUUUAAAUACUAUUCUUCAUAGAAUUGUUAAAUGAAAUGACAAAUACAGUUUGUCAAUGUUUACAACAUAGACCUAUAUCACUGUGGACAGGGAGGAGUGAAUGGGAUUUUUAGCUGAGUGAUGGGAUGUGUGUGUGUGUGUGUGUGUGUGUGUGUGACUGAGGGUUUGAAUGGUAGGUGGGACUGAACGUGUGCCUUUUGUAUGUCUCCCUCUCUGAUGCAUGGUCAGUGUGUCUAUUUGGUGCUGUUUUUAUCAUAAUGUAAUUAUCACUGAUACCUGUAAGAAAUGUAAACUGCAAAUAGAAUGAACUUUUUUUUCUCCAAUGAGAGCUGUACACUUUUUCAUUGUACUUGAAUGAUUUUCUUUCUGUAUAGAACUCAAACCUACUUUUAAUUAAAAUUUUUCCCUUCACAACA